CGUCUUUGAAAAAGUUCGAGUUCGUAUCGUUUAUAUCAGUGUUUUAUAUGUAUGUAUUUGGAUUUGUGACCUACUGUCAAUCGAUUUGUUUUGAGUUUAUUUAUUUGUGUUAUAAGUGUCCAUAUAGUGAAAUGAAAGUAUUUGAUAGUAAUUUUUCAUGCAGAUGAAAAAGUAAUUCGCUUACGAGUUGCUCUGUCUUAUAUUAUAAAAAAGGCUCGUAAUAAUAGUAAGUAAAUUUUGGUAAACAUGUAAUACCUACUCCAAUGGCUGUUGAAUGAGCAUUUCGGGUCAGAUAGAUGCAAAUGUUCAAGAUAACGUAAUCAAAUAUCAACCGAAUAGAACGAUGAGUGUAGAAACAGAACCAGCCACAAAACACGUCGUGAAUAACUAUUGCGCCAGACGUAACGCAAAUGACUUCAUUUUUGGAAAACUCAUAGGCGAAGGCAGUUUUAGCGUAGUGUAUCUAGCAAAAGAUAUCCACACGUCGAAAGAAUAUGCAGUGAAAGUUUGUGAGAAGCAACUAAUUGUUCGAGAGAAGAAACAGGAAUAUGUGAAACGAGAACGCGAAGCGCUCAAUAGGUUAAGCGUUUUACCGGGCUUUUUAAACUUGUACUGCACAUUUCAAGAUUCCAGUAAACUGUAUUUUGUUAUGACCUAUGCAAAAAACGGUACAUUGCUGCAAUUUUUGGAGAAACACAAGACAUUCGAUGUUGCAUGUGCUAGGUUUUACGCAGCGGAAAUUCUUCACGCUGUAGAACAAAUGCAUAAUUAUAAUAUAAUACAUAGAGAUCUAAAGCCGGAGAAUAUUCUUUUGGAUGAAAACUUCCACAUUAUGAUCGCGGAUUUCGGAUCAUCAAGAAUUGACGAUAAAGAACAAAACAUUAGCAGUAAAGAGAGGGAUGAGAAGGAAGAUACGGAAUCCGAAUCCGAGGAGACAAAAAAUGACCAGAAACUAGUAAAGCGAAAAAGAGGCAGCUUCGUAGGAACCGCGCAAUACGUUUCGCCUGAAAUUCUGCAAGGAAGACAUUCAACCAGAUCGUCUGAUUUAUGGUCGUUUGGAUGUAUAAUAUAUCAAAUGAUCGCAGGCUUUCCACCGUUUCGUGGUCCUAACGACUAUCUAAUAUUCAAGAAAAUAGAAAAACUAGAAUUGAUAUUUCCAGUCGCUUUUGAUCCAGAUGCUAAGGAUUUAAUUAGUAAGCUAUUAGUUCUGGACCCCCGGAAAAGGUUGGGGGCUGAAGACAAUUUGCCUUACGCAAGCAUUCGGAAUCAUCCGUUCUUCAAAAGCAUCGAUUUUUCGAAAAUACGAAAAUUAAACUCACCCUUACGCGAUUCGAUCAGUAACGGAACGGAACGAACUAAUGAUUGCAGUGUUGAAUGCGGGUUCGAUUUUCCAGAAAAUAUAACACCCGGUUUGGAUGAUAAGCAUAUUACUAGAUUAAUGGGUCUGGAAUUGGGAUCCCAAGUUGAAGUAUCUAGCUCUUCAACGUCUCACGUCACAGGUUAUCUAAGCAUCAGUGAAGCUGAUAAAGCGGCGAGGUUAGGUAAACAAAAAUCGAACAUAUGGCAUCAAUUCGCAGAAGGAGAACUCAUCCUGAAACAGGGCUUCGUCUACAAACGCAAAGGAGCUUUGUACGUCCCACGCAGACGAAUGUUAUUGCUUACUACGGGACCUCGUCUAAUCUAUAUCGAUCCUGUGCAGAUGGUUAAAAAAGGCGAAAUUCCUUGGAGUAAAGAAAUACGAGUAGAAACCAAAAAUUUCAAAGUUUUUUUCGUUCAUACGUUUGAACGAGGAAAGUGUCAUCCAUAUAUGUGUGACGAGGCGACGAACGUGUUGACCCAUUCAAUGUGCAUUUUUUGUGCUAAAUCACCGCAUACAUUGUAUCAAUGUGAAAAAUUUAUCUUCCACAUCACACUCGUCUUCAUGAGGUACUCUAACCAACAGCCGAUCCCGUUCACAUCAAAGCGGCAACAAGCAAUCCCUCUGGUUCGUAUUCGAUGUCAUGAAAACCGAUGGCAUCCGGUGAUCCAGCAACUGACUUCAUAGACACUAACCUUCUUUUUUUCGACAGCUACCAUGAAUUUAUUUGACAAGUUGUCCACAUGCUUGCAGAGCGGUGCUUGAUUGUGCUCCCCACACAUGCUACAUUACUCAGGAUUUAUUCCAAAAAUUGGGUCUUCCAACAUCAGGAGUAAACUUCGAGCUCGAUGGCAUUACUGAUAUAUCAGGGCACGCUAAUAAAGGAGCAUACGGGCAUUUGCAUCACAUUGCUGCAAUUAUCGAAAUAUAAUUCCGUGCAUAAUUCUGAAACGACUCACUUCCGUUCUUCCAAUUAGAUCAGCAUUAAAGAUUGGCCAAUUCCUGGAUAGAUUCCGUUGGCUGAUCCCGAGUUUCACCAUCCAGGAAAAUAUUUAUGCUUCUCGACAAUAAGGUUUUUUUCCAGUUGCUCGAACCGGGAACAAUAAAACUAGAAUCAGACGAAGGCUUUACGAUUCUCCAAAAUACUAAGCUAGGAUGGGUAGUUUCCUGGGUUCGCCGUACAGUUGCGCAAGUUCGUGGUUCAUUCUCCUUCUCCAUACUCCAUUUUCCUGUACACCACCGUAUAUUGUUCUGAGCACUCGGUGUUUGAAACUCGGUGUUUGAAAACACCAAGUGCUUAUGAGCAUCGUCCAUGCUUCGUACCCAUAGAGAACAACCGGUUGAAUUAGGGAUUUGUACAUGGUACACUUCGUACGGGGUCGGGGUUUGUUGGACCCUAAGGAUUUGCGGAGUCCAUAGCAGCUACGACUUCCAUUGAUUAUGCGUCUUUGAUUUUGUUGUUGUUGUCAGUUGUUAUCAACAAAUUCCUCUACCACCUCAAGCUCAUCACCGUCGAUCGCAACACUACUACCAGGAAGAAUUCUGUUGUGAUCAGUCCCUCCUGGUAGCAUGUAUUUAGUCUUAGACGCAUUGAGUUCAAGCCCAAUCAGUCCAGCUUCGUGUUUCAGUCGUGUAUACAAGUCGGCUACCGUCGCAUGUGUUCUUCCGAUUAUGUCCACGUCGUCGGCGAAGCAGAUAAAUUAACUAGACUUAUUGAAAAUCUUGCCCCGCAUGUUGAAGCCCGCUCUCCGCAUAACACCUUCCAGCGCCAUGUUGAAGAGUAGACAGGAGAAUCCAUUGUCUUGUCGAAGUCCGAUGUGAGUCUCAAAUGAUUCCGACAGAUUACUUGAGAUCCGCACACCGUUCUUCGUUGCUUGAAUUAGUCUUGUCAGCUUACGGGAGAAGCCGUGUUCUUCCAUGGUACUCCAUAGCUGGUCGAUUGUAUUAUAUGCGGCCUUGAAAUCAACGAAGAUGUGGUGCGUAGGGACCUGCUACUCACGACCCUUUGGAGGAUCUGCCGCAGUAUAAAAAUCUGAUCCGUCGUCGAGCAACCGGGCAUGAAUCCGGCCUGAUAACUUUCCAAAAAUCUACUUACUAUUGACGAUAGAAGAGCAAAAGGAUCUGAGACAGAAUUUUCUAGGCACCAUUCAGGAUUGUGAUGGCACGAUAGUUCCCACAAUCCAGCUUGUCACUUUUUCCAUGCGACGUUUUUUUUCCCCGAAAGAGAUGUGUUUACUGCCUUCGCUUCAGUCUGUAUCUUUCCACAUCUUGUCGAGUCGCUCGUUGCAGCAUGACUGCACAUGCUGCAUCCUUCUCGUUCAGAAGCGCUCGACACUCGUCGUCAAACCAUUCGUUCCGUUGGCCUCGUUGUUCAUAACCGAUAACGGUCUCUGCUGUGCUGCUAACUGCUGCUUUCAAG